GGCCUUUACUGUAUGUUUAGCGAGAGACCUGUGGCGAUAAAGCGGAAUAAUUGUAAUUGAAAACAUAUGCAGAAAAUACUAAUACUUUGUAAUAGCCACAAGGACAACGUUCAUGAUUUAACUAUUUACGACUUACGACAUAGAAAGCCAAGGAAGUCUGCCUUUUAUUAAACCAGAUAAACUAGAAAUACCUGACCGUGAAAUUAUAUUCCGGGAAGUGGGGAAGUCCGAAAAAUUGGGACUUGACAUCAUGUGAUACUUGGUGGGAUUUUCCCAGAAUACAAUUACACAUUAAAACCAAAACAACGUCUUUGUUUAGCUUCCUUCGAUAUUGUACUGACGAGUGACGGUAUAUUUCACAGGAAUUAUUCAUGGCGAAAUAUUUUGUGUAUUGUUUUAUUUUCAACCUGGCGUGUUGCUUUGCCCUGCCUCAAAUUGGAGAUCGUUUAGGUAAGCAAGUUAUAGUAUAGUGAUAUUAGGUCAUUGUCACCCUUCACGGAUGAUUCGUCCAUGUGUACACGAACAUAAUGAAAGUAUAUGUCAGAUGCGAUAUCAAAUAAAAUUUAAUUACUUGUAGUUAGCAAGCCUUCGAUGCAAAAUUAUUAGGUUUGUUUCAAGACUCCGCUAUGUGUAUACCCUACGCCCGUAUUAAACCAGACAUUUGGUUCAGCGCAUGACUAAAAAGUACGGCGUCUAAACCCAUGGCCAUGUCAAACUUGUGUAGCAUAAUACGACAUGACGUGCCGUAUUUUGUGCCAUGUCGAACCUAAUCAAAACUUGCCGAACUUAAUUGGGUCGUAAAAAAUAGGGUCACGAACUUUUUCAUCGGCCAGUUUAUAAUAGUUUGUACCUGUAAACCACAUAUAAAUCAUAAGUAUUCUCUAGACUGGUCUGGUUCUAAUCACUCCGCGUAUAUUUUCAGUUCUAAAAUGUUGUAUUCCGGCUGAUGAGAAAGAUCGUGACUCAAUCUUUACGACCGUUACGAGCAUAUGGACUGAAGCUUGAAAACCAGGCUUAAUAAGUUCUUUUAAUAAUCAUGGACAUGGUUUGUUUAUGUAUGUUAUUGCAAUGUAAGACACGACAAAUCCAUACGUACGACAGAUGAUGCGUGUUUAUAUUAUAGACUAUAGACUAUAAAAGUUUUUGUGAUCACAGUAGGAGUUUUGCAUGGAUUUGUAAGAAAUGUUGAGGGAAUGGACUCACUGUUUAACACUGAUUCAGUUCUAUCAAACAUUUCUUACAAAUCCUUCAAAACCUAGAAUUUAGCGCAGAAAUUCCUACUGUGAAUCACAGAUAUUUUGACAGUGUAAACAAGGCUUAACCGCUAUCCGAGAAUGAGGAAAUGAUAAGAAAAUGCUUUUCACUGUAUGUGGUAGUCUUGUGGUUUGUUUUUUAAGGGGAGGGGAUAAAUAACGUUGAGAGAUGUAUAGCUAUGGUGAUUUGUCUGCUAUAACUUUCGAUAGUUUGACGACUAUCUGCUAUUUCAUAAUGUUUAGUGAACCUUUGAAAGACGAGGGCGUCUCAAUGGACCAUUUGCAUUAUAGACUAAAUUUUGAUCUAGACAAAAAUUUCAUCACAGCUUGAAAGAGCAUCACAAAAUUAGUAAUAUUCCAAAGUUUCGUUGCGAAAUGUUGUAAAAUGCGGAUAAUAUAGCCUUGCGAAGUUAGCCGUUUUUCAGUCAUUUUGUAUUACGCAUGGGAAAUUGACAGCCCAAUCGGGUGUUGGGGCAUCAAUUUCCCGUUUGUAAUGCAAAAUGACUGAAAAUUGUAAAUUUCGCAGGGCUAUAUUAUCCCCAUUUUACAACAUUUCGCAACGAAACGUUGGAAUAUUACUAAUUUUGUGAUGCUCUUUCAAGCUGUGAUAAAAUUUUUGUCUGGAUCAAAAUUUAGUCCAUAAUGCAAAUGGUCCAUUCUCAGAAAACGCUGUCCUCUCAUUACACAUGUAAAAAUCUCGCAAUUUGUCAACAAGAUAUGUUCGCAUCAGGCUCGUAGUAGCAAGCUUGUCAACAAGUUGUAACAAUGCUGUUAUUUUAUCAAGUUGUUACAAGGUUGUCACUCAUAACUUGUUGACAAAUUGUUGAAUUGCAGGACGAUAACAAGUUGUUGGAACAAUCUGUAACAAGUCUGCUGAGCUCAACAACCUUGUGACAAGUUGUCGUAACAAGCCGGGAACAAGCAGUGCGAACACAUCCUGAUGACAAGUUGUUGGAACAGCAUUGCCACAAGUCUGUUGCAGGUUUGUCACACUACUUGUGCGUUUUACAUACGGUAACUGAACUCUUUGCCUUUACUAGGAAUCUCUGAUUUCGCGUACCUUCAAAAAGCCGGUGAUAUGGACACGGGGUGCUUGCACAAUUGUACCAAGAACAACACAGUAACAGACUUCACCAACACGCCUGAACAAGAACGCUCCUUCUUGCUAGAUCUGUUCCGUGCAACCCGUGGUCGUCAGUUCUGGGGGAUUAAGAAAGGAUGGGAUCACAACAACACGCAUCAUUGCAAUUGGUAUGGUAUAAAAUGCUACAAUAACAGUCAUUAUGUAAAAUGGAUCGACCUUACCGGAAACGGGUUGCAUGGCAAACCGCCAAAUUUUUGGAGAUUUCGAAAUCUACAAGGCAUAUGUUUGUCUCGUAAUAAAAAUAUGAUAGGGCAAAUAUCCGAUGUAAUAUCAAGUAAUAUGACACGGCUUAGACGUCUGUUCAUUUCGUUUACUGGCUUGAAUGGUUCGGUCCCAUGGAGUGUUAUACUACAGCUUCACAAUCUUGAAAAGUUACAGAUUUGUUGCAUGUAUACUGAACUAAACGGCAGCCUACCACACGAUAUUGGAAGAUUAAGCAAACUUCAAGUUUUCAGUAUUGGUGAAAACAACAUAAAAAAUGUCCAUCUACCAUUGAGCAUCAGAAAUCUAACAAAAUUGUGGUUUUUGGACUUAGAAUAUGUGAGUUUGCUGUCUGGAGAAAUGUGGUAUUUUAAUAAUAUGACUCAAAUGCAGUAUUUGCAUCUGACAAAUUGCGGAAUAAAAGGAACACUACCUGAGGAUUUUGGACAGACUCAUCCCAAUAUUAUUGAGCUGCGUCUAUAUGGUAAUAAUUUAACGGGCGAACUACAUUCGUGUUUUCUUGGUUUCAAAAAGAUUACUCAGCUAUCCUUAGGUAACAAUUCGCACCUACGUGGCUUGCUCCCGACUGCAUUGGGUAAACUCGACACACUGCAAGUACUUGACUUAUCCGGGAAUAAUUUCACAGGUUUUGCCGAAAACAUGACUUUCAACAAACAGCUUCAAACACUGUAUAUUGAUCAAAAUGUCAACUUUAAUGUCAAGGGUAACCGUCUUUUACAUACCUUGAAGCCUUGCAGUGAUCAACUUCGCAUGCUGGUCGCAAAAAACUGUGGGCUGAAAGGCGGUCUUUCGAAUACGCUUUGGAAUUUUGGCAAAAUUAUGUAUGUAGACCUCAGCGAAAAUAACAUGACAGGACACAUCCCGACAAAAGAUGCGUAUAGUAUGGCUUAUCUAUUCUACCUCAAUUUAGCUUCGAAUAAUUUUAAAGGCGAAUUACCCAAGAGUUUUUUUGCGCCUUUAAAGAGCCUGACCUACUUGGAUCUUCGGGGAAACCGGAAUAUGAAAAGCAAGCCCCCUUUCCUGAACCAGUACUUGGUCCCCACACAUACAGAGACUUUGCAUGAACGUACGUUUACUUGCCCGACGUUACGAUUGACACUCACAGGUGGCAGAGCAGAUAUAGACCCUGAUUAUUAUGGAUAUACACUGUGCUCUUGUAACGCUGGGUUCUAUGGAUUUAUGAAAUACUGCAAGCCUUGUAUGAAAGGCGCUGCUUGCGACGUCGCCACACCACCGACGCAAACAUUUAAGGCGGAAAUCAAAGUUAAAAUGACAAUUGAAAAGGGGUAUUGGCCAUGUUGCGGAAAUUUUACUAGCAUCACUCGUAUGGUGAAGUGUAGCCAAGAGAAAAAAUUUGAUGAUGAGAUUUGCAGCCCGUCUGGAAAAUGCAAAUGCAAGUUAAACGUUAACCCAGUCACAGAAUAGGAAGUUAUACCAGAAGCGUAACUCUAGUCGUUUCCCUUAUCCACGAAAAUUCUAACUCGCUCACGUCAGGCCACGCCAUCCUGGCUAGUACAGCCGGAAGUUUUUAUCAG